UGGUGAUGCUGGGAUCGCAUCUUACCUACAUUACCCUCAUCUCAUUCACUCAGGCAGCUACGUUCAAGCCAAGACGACGUACCCGGCUUCGCCUCUUGGAGCUCUGAUCCAGUCGCCACCUCACCACCACCACCACCAUCAUCAUCAUCAUCAUCUCUUCCAAGUUGAGAGCGGAAUCGAGAAGCUAAGUUUACCACUAGGAGUGCACACAGGAGAUUGUGUCAUGAAACAGGAUUUGUUUAUGGGAGGACCUCUCCAGAUUGAACGAAACAUGCCACAGGCGAACAACGACUCAUUCCAAGAACAGAAAUCGAUUUCUCUAUGUGCGGGAUGCGACCAUCCCAUUCUGGAUAGGUUCAUACUGAAAGUGGUUGAUCGAGCCUGGCAUGCAAAGUGUCUGCGUUGUGUUGACUGCAACGCUCAGCUCACUGACCGGUGCUUUUCCAGGGACGGCGGAGUCUUCUGCAAGGAAGAUUUUUUCAAGCGAUUCGGCACCAAGUGCUCCUCGUGUGAGAAGGGGAUCGCCCCGACUGAGAUCGUCCGAAGAGCUCUCGACAACGUCUACCACCUCCAUUGCUUCUGUUGCAUCAUCUGCACACGACAACUAUCUACCGGAGACGAAUUCUUCCUCAUGACGGAUAACAAACUAGUCUGCAAACAAGACUACGAGGCGGCUAAAGCAAGAGGGAUUUGCCGAGAUCCACAAGUGCAUCUCAGUCAAGAACUCGAGAUGGAUAACAGCAACAAGCGCCCCCGCACGACAAUCACAGCCAAACAACUGGAGACCUUGAAGACGGCCUACUCGAACAGUCCGAAGCCAGCGAGACACGUACGCGAACAACUCGCUCAAGAAACUGGCCUCGAUAUGAGAGUUGUCCAGGUCUGGUUCCAAAACCGUCGGGCGAAGGAGAAGCGACUCAAGAAAGACGCCAACCGCCAGCGGUGGGGUCACUACUUCCGGAACAUCAAAAGGGUCAACGAGGCGAGUAGUCCGGCCAGUGGUCCUGAACCCCUUGCGUCACCGGUCAAGCUGGAACCAUCCGAUCUGGACGAUACAACCGUCUUUGACGGUGAGCUGGCUUUUGAAGAGGAUCACUCACCAAGCAUGCCUGACCAUGGAGCCCCGUUUCCGAACGAACGACAUCAACAUGGACCACCCGGCGUACCCGUCUCUAGCCCGUACAUGAAUCACUGCGAAUCGUUCCUCUCUCCCCCACCAACCGCCCCGUCAGUGUCCAGUGGUUACCCUGUUAACAACCCCUCUCCAACCCUACCCGUGCAACUUUCCCCGAAUCACCACACCAACGGCAUCGGUAUGCCGGGAAUUCCCUUCUCCGAAGCCGCCGGCAUCCCGGGGAUCAUGAGCGCCGCCAGCCAUGGCUUGGGAGAAGCUAUGCGUGCCGUCGUCAACCCAGGAGGUGAUAUGGGCGUGGUGACCCCUCCCCCUCCACCAGGAAGUUUUCACGAGGAGUUCCCCCACCCCCACCCCGGUCCUUGGUUAGAGCAUCAUCCCCACCCCCAUCCACAGUCCCAUCCUCACCCCCACCCACAUCCGCUCCCACAUCAGUAUUAAAAGAACGGUAUCAACAUCUGUGAACGACUGGACGCGCUCCAAGACGAGCGUGAAUGAACUCUGAUCACGUGGUUGCUGAAUGAAUAUGCAUGAUAUGCAAAUUGACCACACUCUUUGAUAAUGUGGAUGAUUGAGCUCUGAUGGACUUCACGAAAUAGCUGCAUGGACUUUGUAAGAAUGGCGGCGGGAACAAUUUGUUGAUUGUUUCCAGUAGGCUCUGAUGAUCGAUUGUGACGACCUUUCGAUUAAUAUUGUUAUCAAACAUUGUAUCAUAUAGCGUGCAAUUUGUCAAUGAAUUAAUCACAUAAAAUAUAUAAUUUUAAGUAAAUGAUUUUCUUGUGAUGUGAUGUUUUGCAAUGCCAUCAACUUCAGUUUGCCAUGUGUUUGUUAUGUAUGAAUUAUGUUAUGAUUAAUCUAUUUCACUAUAUUUGCAAUUGAGUUGGACAGAAUGUUGUCAUCUCCUCCCUGAGUCUAACAAAAUAUAAUUCCAGUUAAUAUUGACCACAUUACUUGCCGUGCUAUGCAAUUCAUCCAGAAUGUACAAAUCAACUCAUUUCUAUUGUAAAAUCGUUUUUCAAAACUGUGCAAUUUUUCUUUUUCCAAGAAGCAUUAUACAACCACGGGGCUAUGCAAUAUGUGCUAUACAAAUUUCGACAAAUACGGGCAUUGUUCUCAUUAUGCCAGGCUCUGAUUUUUUUUCAAAUAAAGAUAUUAUAUAGCAAUUUUUUUUCAUUCAUGAUAUAACUUGGCAUGUAACCUGAUAUUUCAAAUCAUUCUUCAGUAUAUUAAGAAUGUACAUCGAGGUAAAUUUAUGAGCCACAGUGACGUAAUUUGAUGCAUAACUAUGCAGACUUCUAGCAUUGUUCGGGGAUGUGGCUAAAGUCCCGAAUUUUAAAGAAAAUAAAUUAAACAUGUUAAAUUAUAGCCUUCUUUUCACAUAACGUACAAAAUCAACAUAAUUAUGUCAUAUCAGUUUUAAAGAGCAUCACCUCGGGACCUGAACAACUCUGGUACAACUAUUUCCCAGGAUGCAAUAUUUUGUUCAUCUAGUCUUCUGAUUCACACCCAUUAGAAUAAUUCAGAAUAAUUAAGAAUCCUCUGGUAAGCUCUACAACGUCCAUAAAACAAUAUAAUCCGAGAAGAAACCAGAUUCAGUAUGCUUCCCAAAAUUAAUGUUUUCGAAAAAUAUAAAAGUGACCAUCAUUUUCUCUAAAAACUGAAAAUAUAUUUCCUAUUGUUUUAUGAUAAGGUGUGUAUCAAGACUAUCAUAAAGCACGUGAGCCCAUGUCAGGUGGUUUCACUGUGUGUUGAUAUUCAUGGAAGACAGUUCCCAUAUUCAAAACAAAUCAACAAAUUCACUACCAAAACAAGUAACCAUUGUUGAAAACAGCGAGAAUUCUCCCAGUUUUCAUUCCAUUGUAGUUGAAAGAGUAACAUCAAAGUCGCUCGUUCAUAAGUCAUUCUGGCAUUGUAUACAGUACAUUUCAAUAUCGCAUUUUUUUUGUUAGCAUGAUGGUAAGACAUCAUCGCAAUUAGUGCAAUCACAGAAUGUUUAAUUCGGUUCAAAUUAUUUGGCUUACAAUAGAUUGAAUAUUCAGGACAUGUGCAGUAGUCACCAAUGACAGUACUUAAUGAAAGUAGAUCAUUCCAAAUUUUUUACCUGUAUUUCGUUUAAUUGCAAUAGCAGCAAAUCCAUUCCAUAAUUCGAUUUUCGAUAAGAGUCGUUGUCCACAAGUCAUGUACUUUAUUUGUCAAACAUGUACAUUGUUUGAGGAACGUCAGGAUCUUGAAACAUUCCACGGGCAUUUCAUGGACAAUGAGUCAGUGAUUUUUCACUGACAACUGUUAUAAGCUACCGCAAAUCCUUGCCUCUGAUUGGCUGAUGGGAAAAAGGUCAGUGAAAAAUCAAUGACACCAUUUUUUAUGAAACGCUUCACAGAGAAACACGUGCAAUACUUCGCAAUUGGAUAAUCCUCACAAGUGUCAUGAUUUGAACAUUAUUUCUGUAUCUUUAUUGUUGUUUUGAACAGUCAAGAAUUUUCAGCAGAAAAGUCAACUCUGCAAUUAUGUUCGGCAAGCACAUAAUUCAAGUUUAAUGAUUUUUUAUAUGUCUGUAUUGUUCAUUGAAGGAAUUUAUGUUGGAAAGAUGACUUAACAUGUCACAGAAAUGCCGAAUUUUGUUUGGCCUAUCAACACAUGGAGAAUCGAUGAAAUUUUUCUUUCUUAUUCAGGAAAUGAUGUUAUUUUCAAAACCUUUUCUGGAUUCUUUUCUUUUCUUUUGAGAUGGAGUCUGCUAAUUUGAGGUUAAAUUUUGAGUAUAGUUAUUACAUGUGCAGGGUUUUUUUUUCUUAGGAGAGAGAUUUUAAAUUUCACACUUUCAAGGUUUGGUCCCCCCGAUCUACAACAAAAUGACCCCGGUUUACCGAAGUGGAUUUUCGACAUUUCGCGUUGAAAUGAUUACGUCUUUACAUUUUCAACAACUUUAUUUAUUUGUGUAUUUUACGAGCACUUUCUUGCCCACGUGUGCGGUUUCGUUACUACUUUGUUCGUUUACGUUUCGCAAUAUGUAUCCACGGAAGCAUAUACCUGAUUGCGUAUUAUUUAUUGAUCAAUUCAAAUAAAAAUGUUAACAGAGAAA